AUGGAACCUCACCAGAAGAACAACGUUUCCGGCGACUCUCGACGCAACAAGCUAUCGAAAACCUCAGAUAAUAACGGAAGAGAAGUCUCUGCCGCAUCGUCGCCGAUACCAACCGAUGUCAUAAUCGACAUCUUCUCGAGGCUACCGCUGAAGUCAAUAGCGAUGUGCCGCUGCGUAUCGAAGCUCUGGUCCUCCGCACUCCGCCUCCCAGCUUUCACCGAACUCUUCUUAACCAAAUCCUCCACUCGCCCGCAGCUCUUGCACGCGCGCGCGACGAACAGUGAGCUAUUCCUCUUCUCUUCCUCCUCCUCCUCGCCGCAUCCGGAUGAGAACUCGUCUUCUCCUGUAGUCGCCAGCUGUCACAUGAAGCUGUCAUUCGCUGUUUUCGGUGACAUCAGCUGCGGUCGUCCUCUCCACGGUCUGGUUUGCGUUAAACACGUGCGGGUCUUGGAUGGAGAGAAGGAGACGGCGUUGGCGAUUUGUAACCCUAGCACCAGACAAGUCUUGCAUUUACCCAAAGCGAAGACGACUACGACGAGUGGACUUGAUGAGGUGAGGAGCAUGUUCGGGUACGAUCCCAUCGAUAAACAACACAAGAUACUGUGCAUGACACGGUCAAGGGAGGGAGGAGAAAAUGGAGAGCAUCAGGUUCUGACAUUAGGAGCUCCGACCGGGUCGUCAUGGAGAAUGCUCGAGUGUUGCGUUCCCCAUCAUGGUUACCCACCUCUCAAAGAGAUAUGCAUCGAUGGUGUUUUGUACUACAAAUCUAUUAAUCAGUCGACACAGACUUAUUUAAUAGCUUGCUUUAACGUUAGGUCUGAGAAGUUCAGUUUUAUUGAAGCCGAGGGAAAGGGAAGUCUCGGAAGAGCUCUGAUGUUAGGGGAUAUGGUGAACUACGGUGGUAGAUUGGGUUUGAUUUUGUCUGAAGAUGUUAGAGGAAACGCCGGUGCGAUCAAUAGAAGAAGUGCGAGGUUUAGGCUGUGGGUUCUAGAAGAUGUUGAGAAACAGGAAUGGUCUGAUGAGCGUGUGUUUGUGUUGCCUGCUGAGUGGAAGAAUGUAGUUGGGGAACACGUGUUGAACUUUGUCGGGGUGGCGGCUCGUACCAACGAGAUUGUGUUGUCAUCUUGGUACCCAAUCAACCGUAACUACCUCUUCUACUUCGAUACUGAGUGUGACACUGUUGCGAGAGUUGAAAUUCGAGUAGUGGAUGUUGAUGUGUCCAACUAUGCUGUGCUUCAGACCUUUCUUGACCAUGUUGAAGAUGUGAAGCUCUAUGCAUAG